AUGAAAGCCAAGGCGCUACUGAACCGCUGGAACUCUUUGUUCACUCCGUCGUACGUUCAGCUGUCAGGACCUGACGACGAUGAGGGAAGUGACCCUCAGAUGAAGCUCCCCUCUCUUAAGGGCAUGAGACGUAUCGCCAGCGAUAUCAACGUCUGCAAAGGGCGUACUGACCGCCGUGGUUCAGCGCCCACGUCCCCACAGGAGGGCCAGUUUGACGUGGGUGGAGGCCGCAAGUUCCCCCAGCUACGUGAGUUGGUGGAGUACUACCGCAACAACCCGAUGGUAGAGCAGAGUGGUACUGUGGUGCCCCUGAAGCAGCCCUUCAACGCCACCCGCAUCAACGCCAGGGGCAUCGCCAGGCGCGUCAAGGAGCUAUCACUUAAUGCUGGCCAGGAGAACACGAGCACGGCGAUGGGCAAGGUCGGGUUCUGGGAGGAGUUUGAGUCGCUGCAGCAGCAGGAAUGCAAGAAGCUUCACUCCCGGAGUGAGGGCCAGAAGCCUGAGAACCGCAGCAAGAACCGCUACAAGAACAUCCUGCCCUUUGACCACACCAGGGUUGUGCUGCGUGACCGGGACCCUGGUAUACCGGGCUCUGACUACAUCAAUGCUAACCACAUCACUAGCGAAGACGAUGGCAGCGGGGACCAGCAGCGCUACAUUGCAACCCAGGGCUGCCUGAGCAACACCGUGGCUGACUUCUGGUGGAUGUUGUGGCAGGAAGACUGCUACGUGGUUGUCAUGACAACCAAGGAGGUGGAGAGGGGCAAGGUGGGUUGCUACGUGGUUGUAAUGACAACCAAGGAGGUGGAGAGGGGCAAGGUGGGUUGCUACGUGGUUGUCAUGACAACCAAGGAGGUGGAGAGGGGCAAGGUGGGUUGCUACGUNGUGAGGCAGUCCACAGGUGAGGCAGUCCACAGACGUAAUGGUGAAGUUACGCACAUCAAGAUCCAGAACAUGGGUGACUUCUAUGACCUACGUAAUGGUGAAGUAACGCACAUCAAGAUCCAGAACAUGGGCGAUUUCUAUGACCUGUACGGCGGGGAGAAGUUCGCCACGCUCGCUGAACUUGUUCAGUAUUACAUGGAGAACCAGGGACAACUUAAAGAGAAGAAUGGACAUGUUAUUGAACUUAAGUUCCCUCUCAACUGCGCCGACCCUACCACUGAGAGGUGUACUGUGACAUGUUCCUCAGGCAGAUCGUGCGGCAAGGUAAGAGCCUUCAUCGUCCUAGACAUGAUCCUGAGGCAGAUCGUGAGGCAAGGUCUGGACUGUGAACUGGACAUACAGCGCACCAUCCUACACGUGCGGUCCCAGCGGUCCGGUCUCGUGCAGACCGAAGCGCAGUACAAGUUUGUGUACCUCGCCGUACAGGACCACAUUGAUGCCAUCGAGCACAGGAUGAGUGCGGAGAAGAAGUCGCUGCAGGUGGGCAGGGAGUACACUAACAUCAAGUACAGCGCUGAGGCCGCCGCGGGGCUGGAAGGGAGUGCCUCUUCCACUUCAGCAGGGAAGAGUCUCUCCCGUUCCACCAUAUCCCUCCUGCCCACGUCACCUCCUCCACCUGCACCACCUGCACAUCUGCUGGCUCCUGCACCACCUGCACCACCUCCUGCAAAGGACCCCAAGCUGCUCCUGCUCAGGAAUGCGGCGCCUGAUCCUGUAGCGAGAUCUUGUGACGACUUGAGUGCUACUCAGAAUUCAACUCUGAAUUCAACGCACACCAACGACGUUACUCUCAAGACGGAUUCAUCAUCACCACCUUCUUGUUCACCAACUUCAUUCAACCUAGUCGAAUCUACCAGUCUUUCCACUGGUCUUGAUAGUUGUCCUGGUUCCACUACCACUACCACUACUCCUACCACUACAUCGUGUACCUCGAACGUAACGACUACCAGUUCCAGUGGUAGUAGUGUUGUAAUUGCUAAGUGAAAUACCAUGUGGAUUGAGUUUAGAGGUUGUAAUGGAAAAGUUUACUUGGUGGUUAUAAGGAACGCGCUUGUAUAUAACUAUAUUAGUAGGUAUAGUAGAUCACUAUGGUACUAUAGGCGUCUUGUAGACAUCUUGUUACUACCUGUGCGUAUGGUUCCUAAAAUCGAGAGGUCUUUAAUGUUCAUACAAUAGUAUAUUUAAUGUUCAUACAAUAGUAUAAGUAAAUUGAAUGCGAAUGCGGUGUGCAUUGACCUGUGAAUGUUUUGCUAGGUGAAGGAUUUCGAAGGAAUGUUUUCAUAGGUAUACUUGUUAAAUAGCAAAGAAUUAAUGAUACUUAGCAUCCUACUGCAACU